AUGGCUCGACUCAGCAACAUCUCCGUCGUUGUUCCCCUUCCGUCUUUCGACAUCGACCCCCUCAAGACCUUUGACGAAGACUUCUUUGAUCGUGCUGUUGACAACAUCUUGUCAGAGACGAGCGUUGAAGAAUCCCGGGAUGAUAUGAUGGAUAACAACAUUGGCAUCUCGUGUCCACUUGGGUAUGACGGUGCGUCUGACUCCUCAAAGCUCAGCGUUCGUCGUAACCAAAGGACCGGGGCCAACUCGCCGCAUUUUUCUACAACAUCGACCUCAUCACUUACAACCACCUCGGCAAAAAAGCCGAAGUCGAGAAGGUCUUCCAAGAUACGGAACAGUGUUACAAUGGAGGAUGCCAGUGAUCCUGGUGAAGCUUCUAUGAGCCUCGACAACAUCACACAACCUCAGGGUGAGAACGAAGGCCUACAAGUUGAACCUCAUCCCAUCCACGAGGUUGGUGAUCACCCUUCUACAGUUCCCGAAAUUACCGACUCGUCGGCAAUGCCGACUGGUGACAGUGAGAUGACGGCCGAAGACAAGAUCUUUGCUUCGGUGGACCCCGAAAAGCAGAUAGAGGUGUUGAAGUUCGUUGUAUCACACUCUUUCAUGACGGAGCAAGUUCAACAUGUUCGACGUUCAGCCCGGCGAGAAUUCACUGGCCAAGUGCGUGGGGUCGCCGCAGAGGCUGGAAUGGACGAGAUAGCUAUCGCUGCUUUGGUUGACCACGUUCGAAAGAUCUAUCUUGAGGACCGUGAAAUUAUGGUAGCCGAUGAUUCCGGCUCUGCAUUUGGGGACGAAGUGGAGGACGAGGAAGAAACACACAUCAAGAGCUCGCACCGGAAACGGCGCAAGAGCAGCUCGGACCAGCCCGAGGACAAAGAGCGCAAGAAAAGCAAGAGGCGACACUCGGAUAAGGCAAGACAUCAUAGCCAUGAUGCUAUGCAGCAUGAUGAGCCAACUAAGGUUGUGGAAGCUCCGGCAGGUGUUUUCACCAAAGGUCAGGGCAACGGCUACGUUGAGCGGGAGGAACCGAAACAUAAGGAUAACACGCCGGAUCUACCUAAAAUGCCUACGAACAUCAUUCGGGGCAGCCCAAGUACACCCAUCGACCUUACCGACUCUGCGUCUCCUCGCGAGUUCGCCCGUGAAGCUGAUGUGGUUCCAUCUCAAACCCAAAAACAUGAUGUCAUCCGGGAGAUCAAGGGUCUUCAGGGCAGCAGCGGAAAGGUUAUCACUCACUUGUCACCCGACGCCCCGAUGGAGAUGAUUCGGAGUCCAUUGCCCGAACAAGCGGUUGGACGAAGGCCGUCGAAACGUCGUGAGCCAAAAGUAUCACAGAGAGACAAAAACAAGCGCAAGCGCGAACGGAGGAGGGAGCGCAACAGAAAUCGAAAGCAACACGCUCAAGGCGACUCCGUCGAUCGAGCAGAUCAAGACUCAAUUCCUCCUUCCAUUCCGCAAGAAACCCCUUCCGAUAGCCCAAAUGGAGGCAGACGGGGCUCCAAUCAGCUCCCGCUACCCGCCAAUCCAUCCGAUGAUUUGCCAGGUGUGACUCCAAGUGAUGAGGUUCAGUCUAAGUAUUUCUUGGGAGCCGGCAAUCCCAAGGUUGGCCCGAAAAACAAGCGGGAAAUGGCUUCCCCGCUGUACGAUUUGUCUAUUCCACCCGCAGCCCGACAGCUGUUGAAAGAUUUGAAUCUACCCCCGGACUUCUUGUUGUCAGAUUCUUCCUUGAGUGAUGCGCCGAGUGAUUUUGAUUCCGAUCGGGACGUUAUAGAUGAUCCCCUGUCGCAUGUUCAGAUCAAGUUAUCACCCCCGAAAAGCCCCUGCCUUGUCCCCCAAUUCACAAACCCCGACCCUGAAACUCCCCAUUCUCCUUAUUUCCCACGUGUGCCAGUUGAUACUGAAUCAUGCCUCCCGUUUCCCCCUAUCGAAGCAUCUUCUUUCGGACUCAUUCAGGAGCAGCUUGCACAUGACCCCUUUCGUUUACUGAUUGCAACCAUUUUUCUCAAUCGAACCCGCGGGGGUGUUGCCCUGCCGGUUUUGUUCAAGGUGUUUGAACGAUACCCUACGAUUGAGGCGAUGGCUGAAGCAAACCCGCCGGAACUUGUAUCGAUGAUAAACUGCCUGGGCUUUCAAAAUCAACGAGCAAGGAAAUGCAUCACACCCCCGAACAAAAGCAAAAGAUAUCGCAAGCUCCACUACCCACGAAAGCUUGACGGUCGAAAUGUUGGUCGUGAAGAAUGCAUUGACGAAGAAGAUUUGAGGGUGGCAUGGGAGAUUGCACAUUUACCCGGUGUUGGAGCAUAUUCCCUUGAUAGCUGGAGGAUCUUCUGUCGCGACGAAUUACUGGGAAAAGCCUCUGACUGGAAAGGGACGGAUGCGACAGAGGUCGGAUUUGUGCCUGAAUGGAAGUGCGUUCUCCCACACGACAAGGAGCUACGUGCUUAUCUUACAUGGAUGUGGCUGAAAGAAGGAUGGAUUUGGGACUACCACACGGGUGAUCUCACACUUGCGAGUGACAAAACGAUGAGAGCUGCGCAGAGUGGAGGAGUUGCCCGUGAAGAGGAGGGGAAUUGGGUACUAGAGACCUCCCCUGUCAAGGCUGUGAAUGGAUUACAUGGAUCAGAUUGA